ACCUCACUCCUCUUUCACCACCGGCUUUUCAAUUGUUUUAAACACGUUGUUUAUAAGAACUAUAACAUAGAGAAGCAGCCAUGGCCACGGACACGGCCACCCCUAGGAUCCAACUGGGCGACUACAUCGUCAUCCAGCGCCAGAAGUACACGAAGCUGCAGAAAUUCGGCAGCCUGGACACCACAGCCACUUUGGGCAAGGAGACACUGGAGCUGAAGUCCCUCUUGGACCAGCCCUACGGGUCCACGUUCAAGAUGUGCGUCAAGGAGACGAAGCCGGGCAAGAGGGGAGCCCAGCGCCAGCACUCCCUGGAGCUGUGCAGCGAAACGGAGUUGAGAAGCACGCGGGAAGUCCUGGGAAUCUCCAGCAGUGGGGCGGACAACCGGGACAUCUGCGACGACGGGGAAGCGCAGACCCUGAAGCCGGAGGACAUCGCCCAGCUGCGUGAGGAGUGUAACGACUCCAGCAAGAUCAUCGAGAAGCUGGUGGAGAACUCAAAGACCUUCCACAACCGCACCGAGUACUCACAGGAAAAGUACCUGCGAAAGAAGGAGAAGAAGUACUUUGAGUUCGUCCAGAUUCGCCCGCCGACGAUCCGGCUGAUGCUGGACAUCUUCUACCGCCAGGAUGCGGAGAAGGUCAUGGGCAUUCGAGUGGACACAUUGUCCCAGAUCAUUUCCUACUCGGGCGUUUGCGGCUUUGGCAGCUACCUGCUCUACGAGAGUGGCACAAAUGGUCUUCUGCCGGCGGCCAUGCUUAAUUCCAUAGGAGCAGGCACCGAGGGCACCCUGGUGCACAUGCAUCCGGGAAAUGUGCCCCAGAAGCAGGCUCUGCUUGCUCUGAAACUGCCCCUGGAGCAGCAACAGCGUUGCGUGUCCGUUAAUCUGUAUUCCGUUUUGAGAGAGUUCUAUCAAGGAGGUGAGGCGAAGGCUACUACUCUACCGCUCGAGGAGCCCAGUAAAGUAGAUCCCGAGAAAAGCCAGCCGGAAACGCCAACUGAGGAACAAUCGGAAACUAUCGAACCUAUAACUAAGAAACCCAAGUUGGAUGAGGCUCAAAGUGGUAGAGAAGGUUCCAAAGGACCUCCCCGCUGGCACUUGGAGAACAAACGGGCCACGGCUCUAAUGCAUGCCGAAUUCGAUAGCCUUGUGGUGGCCGCCAAGGAGCACCCGUCCAGCAUCCUGCAGGCCCUGCUGCCCCUUGUCAAGCCAUCCAGACCCGUGGUGGUGUUCAGCACCUGCAAGGAGCUACUGCAGGAGACGUAUAUGGAGUUGAAGACCUCCGGCAAGGUAACUGGUCUGCACCUGACAUCCAACUGGCUGCGUACCUACCAGAUCCUGCCCAAUCGCACUCACCCGGAAGUUAAUAUGAGCGGAAAUAGUGGCUACCUUUUGACGGGCUAUACGCUAAGAUAGUUGUUGUGCAAAUGCCAAAUACAUGUAAGCCUUUAUUUUGAUAA